UCCUUUAAUUGUCGCCCUGAAGAAAAUUGCAGGUGUCUUUGUAAAUAUUUUUAUUUUUUUAAGGUUUUAGGUGGUGAACGAGGCGGAGUGGGUUAUAGGUUUGUGUGCGUUUAAUUAUUUGGAGUGUGUGUGUGGAGGCGGAGGGAUACCAUCAUGAGAACCGUGGCUCAAAAGAUGUUAAGGACCUGUAACGAACUAUUCACGAGAAAAACCCCAAAUGAUGAAACAGAGGCUCACCCGUCCAAUGUCGAAACGGCGGCCCAUAUGGAGAACAUCCAACACCUGGAUAACGUCCCACGCCUGCACAAUACGGAGGCCGCCAGGGACUACGUGCGUCACGUGGAAGCGGUGGCCGAGCGGGCCCAUCACGGCGGCGGUUGGCUGCUUUCUGGCAUCUUCUGCAUCAACAUCCUCAUCCUGGGCUGCGCUCUGGUCAGCAGCAGCGCCUUUAAAAGCGUGGCCGUCACGGCCGCGCACAAGCAGAUUUUCCUCAUCGUGCUGCUGCUAGCGACCAUGCUGUGGAUGCUCUUCUACACCUUCUUCACGUUCCGCAGGAACAAAGCCGUGAUGACCGAGGACAGCCAUGCCGGGCCUGUGUGGCUACGAGGUGGUCUGGUGCUGUUCGGCCUGCUGAGUCUCCUCAUGGACGUCUUCAAGAUCGGCAACUACGUGGGCUACCUUCGCUGCGACUCUGCCGUCAAAGUGGCCUUCCCUGCCGUCCAAGCUGUCUUCUUGAUCAUUCAGACUUACUUCCUGUGGAUCCAUGCCAAGGACUGCGUGCAGCUCCAUACGAACGUCACACGGUGCGGCCUCACGCUCACCCUGUCCACGAACCUGGUGGUGUGGAUGUCUGCCGUUACCGAGGAGUCUCUCCACCAGACGGACACUCCCUACGUGAACAUGAGCGCCCCGCACAGGAUGUACAGAGCCGCCUCCGUCAGCAAGUGCAACUGCAGCCACUCGGCGUGCAGCACCUUCGAGGAGGCCUUCUACUACCUGUACCCUUUCAACAUCGAGUACAGCCUCUUCGCCUCCGCCAUGGCCUACGUCAUGUGGAAGAACGUGGGCCGCCUGGUGGAGGACCACGGCCGUCGCCACGUCGUGUUCCGGCCCAAGGAGGCACGCUUGGGCUCGGUGUCGGGCCUGCUCUUGGUGGUAGUGGGGCUGGUGACCUUCAUCGUCUACGAAGUGGAGAUCGCCCAGGAAGACCGGGGCAAGCAGUCGCGUGCCCUCCUCGUCCAUUUCGUCAUGAACAUAGUCAUCGUGAGCCUCAUGUGCGUCUUCACCGUGGUCGGCUGCGUGGUGUACCGGCUGGACCGGCGGGAGCACGUCUCGGAGAAGAACCCCAGCCGCAGCCUGGACGUGCAGCUCCUGGUGGGGGCCUCCAUGGGGCAGUUUAUCAUCAGCUACUUCAGCAUCGUCGCCACGGCGGCCGACGGGGCCCGAGGCUACCUGAACGCCCUCAACUUAGCGUGGGGGACGGUGAUGGUGGUGCAGCUGGGCCUGCAGAACUACUUCAUCAUCGAGGUGCUGCACCGGGAGCCCUUCCGCUCCAUGCAAGAGGCGGCCCGGCACAGCAACGCGCACGCGGAGGUGAGCGUGGUCACGGAGGUCCACAGGUCCAGCUGCCCGUUGACGCCCGUCACGCGGCUCAGCUGGAAAAGGAGAGUGCUGAAGGAAGUCUGCGCCUUUCUGCUGCUAGCUAACGUCAUUCUGUGGAUUAUGCCCGCCUUUGGUGCUCGCCCCCAGUUUGAUCACAGCGUGGAGAUCAAGUUCUACAAGUUCACUAUGUGGGCGGCUAUUGUCAAUAUAGGACUCCCUUUCGGGAUUUUCUACCGCAUGCACGCAGUCGCCAGUCUUUUUGAGGUCUAUCUUAUAACAUAGGUCAGCCUCUUUCCAUUUCCAAUGUUUUUUUUUUUUUAAAUAUGACAUUUUUAAAUUUACCAAUAAACUAAGAACUCCUUAGAUCAUGUACGGUAAUAUGUGUAGAUUAACUGUUUUACUAGAUCAUUAAACACUUUCAGUUAUACUUUAAACAUUACUCGUACAAGUAAAUGCUUUAUGAUGGUGACGAUUUGACCCUGGAACAGAUUAAUUCGCAACAUUUUUAAAGGUGGAAAUUAUUUUGCAAAUGAGAGCAUUGGAGUCUGCCAGGCAUUGUCAAGUUUAGGUUUGGUGAACGUGUCACAGGAGGACAAAAUGUGAUCAGUGUUCUGGAAAUUUUCCAAAUUAUGUUGGGAAAUAUUUCUUUGUAUGUACAACACCCAACACCAGUGAAGUUGGCACGUUGUGUAAAUAAAAAUAGAAUACAAUGAUUUGUUAAUCCUUUUCAACUUAUAUUCAAUUGAAUAGACUGCAAAGUCAAGAUAUUUAAUGUUCAUUUUUUUUUGCAAAUAAUUUAGAAUUUGAUAGCAGCAACACAUUGCACUAAAGUUGUCACAAGGGCAUUUUUACCACUGUGUUGCAUGGCCUUUCCUUUUAACAACACUCAGUAAAGGUUUGGGAACUGAGGAGACCAAUUUUUGCAGCUUUUCCGGUGGAAUUCUUUCCCAUUCUUGCUUGAUGUACAUCUUAGGUUGUUUAGGCUUCAUAAUGCGCCACACAUUUCAAAUGGCAGACAGGUCUGGACUACAGACAGGCCAGUCUAGUACCCACACUCUUUUACCAUGAAGCCACGCUGUUGUAACACCUGGCUUGGCAUUGUCUUGCUGAAAUAAGCAGGGGCGUCCAUGAUCACGUUGCCUGGAAGGCAACAUAUGUUGCUCCAAAACCUGUAUGUACCUUUCAGCAUUAAUGGUGCCUUCACAGAUGUGUAAGUUACCCAUGCCUUGGGCACUAAUACACCCCCAUACCAUCACAGAUGCUGGCUUUUCAACUUUACGCCUAUAACAAUCCAGAUGUUUUUUUUCCUCUUUGGUCCAGAGGACACAAUGUUCACAGUUUCCAAAAAUAAUUUGAAAUGUGGAUUCGUCACACCACAGAACACUUUUACACAUUGCAUCAGUCCAUCUUAGAUGUUGUCGGCCCCAGCGUUUGUGGGUGUUGUUGAUAAAUGGCUUUGGCUUUGCAUAGUAGAGUUUUAACUUGCACUUACAGAUGUAGCGACCAACUGUAGUUACCGGCAAUGGUUUUCUAAAGUGUUUUUGAACCCAUGAGGCGAUAUCCUUUACACACUGAUUGUCGCUUUUUGAUGCAGUACCCCCUGAGGGAUUCAAGGUCACGGACAUUCAAUGAUGGUUAUCAGCCUUGCUGCUGCAGUGAUUUCUCCAGAUUCUCGGAACCUUUUUGAACCGUAGAUGGUGAAAUCCCUACAUUCCUUGCAAUAAUUAGUUGAAUUUUUUUUCUUAAACAAUUUGUUGACAAAGUGGUGACCCUCGCCUCAUCCUUGUUUGUAAAUGACUGAGCAUUUCAUAGAAGCUGCUUUUAUACCCAAUCAUGGCACCCACCUGUUCCCAAUUAGCGUGCCCACCUGUGGGAUGUUCCAAAUAAGUGUUUGAUGCACAUUCCUCAACUUUCUCAGUCUUUUUUGCCACUUGUACCAUUCCAAAUGAGGUAAUAUUUGCAAAAAAAAUCAAGUUUUCCAGUUUGAACGUUGAAUAGCUUGUCUUUGCAGUUUAUUCAAUUGAAAAGGAUUUGCAAAUCAUUGUAUUCUGGUUUCAUUUACCAUUUACACAACGUGCCAACUUCACUGGUUUUGGGGUUUGUAAAAGGCAAACUAGGGUGUGGCAAUGCCCAUUGUGAGAGUCAUUAUGGUUGAACAAAGGCCAUAACUGGUGGUACACCUACCUGCACGUAGCUGAUUUAACACGAGAAUACAGACCGUAUGACGACGGCGGUUCCACAAGCACAAUAAUACAUUUGUUCAAUUAAACUAAGCUCUAUUUUUGAAAAGACAACAUACCAUUACCUCCCUGCUUGGUACUCAGCAUCAAGGGUUGGAAUUGAGGGUUAAAUCACUAAAAAUGAUUCCCGGGCGCACCCACCCCUGCUGCCCACUGCUCCCCUCACCUCCCAGGGGGUGAUGGAUCAAAUGCAGAGAAUAAUUUAACACACCUAGUGUGUUGUGUGAGCGUGUGACAAUAAUUGGUACUUUAACGUGUAUUGGUGUAGGUGUACCGAAUGAAUGAAAGCUAAAAUGGCUUUGGCCUUGUGUAAGAAGAAAACAGUGCCAUCUGGUGGUCACAAUGCAAAACAGCCCCUUUUUACUUCAAUAUGUUUUAAUCAGUCUUUCCAAUGCAAGUAUUUAAUCCAAAACACUUGUUCACAUAUCAAUAUAUUUAUAUAUUCAGAAUAAUUUAAGGAUUUUAAACACAAGAGUAUAUAUUAUACAUAAAAACUAUUUACUGUUACAGCACAAUGAAAGAAGGUGCAAGUUCACUUCUAAGGAAGAUGAAGUAUCCUCAAUAGAGACGUCUGAUAAUAGCUUUUUUUGCCGAUAUUCCGAUAUUUAUUAACUCUUAAUUACCGAUAUAUACAGUCGUGGAAUUAACACAUUAUUAUGCCUAAUUUUGUUGUGAUGCCUCGCUGGACGCAUUAAACAAUGUAACGAGGUUUUCCAAAAUAAAUCAACUCAAGUUAUGGAAAAAAUGCCAAGAUGGCACUGAAUAAUUUAUCAAUUUAUUAUUGAAGUUGCAAAGUGCAUUAUUUUUUUUUUAACAUGCCUCAAAACAGCAGCUUGGAAUUUGGGACAUGCUCUCCCUGAGCGAGCAUGAGGAGGUUGAGGUGGACGGGGUUGGGGGGUGUAUAUUGUACAGUCCCGAAAGAGUUAGUGCUGCAAGGGGUUCUGGGUAUUUGUUCUGUUGUGUUACGGUGCGGAUGUUCUCCCGAAAUGUGUUUGUCAUUCUUGUUUGGUGUGGGUUCACAGUGUGGCGCAUAUUUGUAACAGUGUUAAAGUUGUUUAUACGGCCACCAUCUGUGUGACCUGUAUGGCUGUUGACCAAGUAUGCCUUGCAUUCACUUGUGUGUGUGAAAAGCCGUAGUUAUGUGAUUGGGCCGGCACGCAAAGGUAGUGCCUUUAAGGUUGAUUGGCGCUCUGUACUUCACCGCAUGCCCGUGUACUACUCCGUAUAGCGGCGUUUUUAAAAACUCAUAAGUUUUACUUUUUCAAACAGAUACCAAUAAUUUCCGGUAUUACAUUUUAAAGCAUUUAUCGGCCGACUAUAUCGGUAGUCCGAUAUCGGACAUCUUUAAUUGUCUAUCAUGGAAAUGGUGUUGUUUUUAAAGCUAAACGUGGUUAUAAUAUCUCGUCUUGGAGCGUAAUCUCCAAAAAACUGUGAUAUGAAAGACAACACGCUCAUUAGCAUAACACCUGACCCCGAACUCGGUUACCUGAUGAAAACUAUGACUUCCUGUGGCGCUACCUUAAACAAGUCCGACUUGACUGACUGCACGCUGACUUCUAAGUCUGACGACGUUCUAAAGACGGGAACAAAAGUGCAGUCAUCUUCGCACCCGUUCUUCAGUUCAAAACAACACGGACGUAAUCCGCAGACAAUAGUGAUGAGUAGGAUAAAUAUCUUCUCUUUAUGCUGUCUUAA